AUGACAGACCAGGACGCCAGCCUGGGCCGCAGAAUCCUGCUGUGGGGAUCCCUGGCGCUAUCCUUCGAUGCGUCGUCGUUCGAGCACUUGCGCAAGACCGUCAUAGAAAACGAGGACAACAUCUGGCUCGCCGGCGUCCUCAAGACGCUCCCACAGGCUUGCGAAACAGCACUGUCAGCGCUCCCCACGCUUCACCGGGCGAUAGGAAGCCUCACUCUCAAGCAGCUGGCCGACCUCAACGAGGCCUUGACCACGGGUCGCCCCCUCGACGCAGCCCUGCCUUUGCCUAACACCCUGCUGAUUCCCCUUGUGGUCGUUGCCCAGUUGGCCCAGUACGUCGAGUUUCUGCGGCAGACGAGCCCUGGAGAUGGGGAUGGUAGUGUUAGGCUUCACAACGGAGAGACGCUUGGCCUGUGUACAGGGCUGUUAAGCGCCUUUGCUGCGUCGAGUGCGCACAACAUGGACGAGUUACGGAGAUAUGGCGCCGCCGCCAUGCGGUUGGGGCUGCUUGUUGGCCUGGUGGUUGACGGUCAGGAUGAGGCAUUAGCCAGGGGACGGUCCAGGUCUCUCAGUGCCGCCUGGAGUUCCGCUGAAGGACAUGGAGAGAUGAUGCGGAUUGUGAAAGACUCACCAGAUGCAUACGUCUCGGUACACUACGAUGAGAACCGCGCCACCAUCACCAGCUGCGCCGAUGGUAUAUCCGACCUGGCCCGUCGGCUUCAAGCCGCAGGCAUCGGGGCGUCCGAAAUAAGCCUGUAUGGGCGCUUCCACUUCCCGGGCAACUCGGCCCUCGUUGACGAACUCAUCGCCUUCUGCGACUCUCAUCCAGACUUCCAACUCCCAGAUGCGUCAUCGCUCAAUAUCCCUGCGCGAGCAAACGACAGCACCGCAUCCCUGCUGAGAGACGGCUCCCUGCACGCCCACGCGCUCCGAUCCAUCCUGGUUGAGCCCCCCCGCUGGUACGAAGCCUUCUCCACGGCCGUACAAGCAGAUAGCGAGAACACGCAAGUUGUUGAAGUCCUCGACUUUGGCCCCGAGCGCAGCGUACCCUUGUCCCUUGCGGCAAAGGGUAGCCUGAAAAUGCACGUCGUACACCUUGCCGACCAAGCGGCCAAAGGCAAAACAGACCGGCGAUCCGAGCGCAUGUGGCUCGACAGCGACAUCGCCGUCGUCGGGAUGGCAUGCAAGGUCCCUGGCGCCAACAGCGUCGACGACUUCUGGGACUUGCUCGUCGCCGGCCAAUCGCAGCACCGCGAGAUCAGGCCCGGAGGGACCAAGUCGUCUUCCGACCGGUUCUCCUUCCAAGACACUCCCUUCCGCACGGCCGCCGACGCCAACAUGGACCGCAAGUGGUUCGCCAACCUCAUCGACGGCCACGACCAGUUCGACCACCGCUUCUUCAAGAAGAGUGCACGGGAGAGCGCCGCCAUGGACCCGCAGCAGCGGCACAUCCUGCAGGUGGCGUACCAAGCCGUCGAGCAAAGCGGGUACUUCCAGCAGCAGGAGAAAACAGGCAGCGACGCCAGGAGGAUUGGCUGCUUCGUGGGCGUGUGCCUGGGCGACUACGACAACAACGUGGCCUGCCACGCCGCUAACGCUUUCACGGCGACGGGCAACCUGCAGGGAUUCAUCUCGGGCAAGGUCUCGCACUUCUUUGGCUGGACGGGGCCAGGGCUCACCAUCAACACGGCGUGCAGCUCGUCUCUGGUCGCGGUGCAUCAGGCAUGCCAGUCGAUUCUAGCGGGCGAAUGCGAGGCUGCCCUCGCGGGCGGAUCGCAUAUCAUGACCUCGGCCGAGUGGUUCCAGAACCUGGCGGCUGGGUCGUUCUUGAGUCCCACGGGCCAGUGCAAGCCGUUUGACGCCAAGGUGGAUGGCUAUUGCCGAGGGGAGGGUGUUGGUGCCGUCUUCUUGAAGAAGAUGAGCAAGGCAGUCGCAGAUGGAGACCCUAUCCUAGGCGUUGUUGCUGCUACCGGCGUCCAGCAGAACGAGAACUGCACGCCCAUUUUUGUGCCUAAUACACUGUCGCUGGGGGAUCUCUUUACGAGGGUUAUGGCCAAGGCCAAGGUCAGGCCGUCGCAGAUCUCUGUGGUCGAAGCGCACGGGACCGGGACGGCUGUCGGUGACCCGGCCGAAUACGAUAGCAUCCGCAAGGCCCUUGGGGGUCCGAAGAAUCGUGGCUCAGGCAAGCAGCUGAUGGUGAGCUCGGUCAAGGGCCUUGUUGGUCACCUGGAGUGUACCUCGGGCGUGAUCAGCCUGAUCAAAGUUCUGCUCAUGAUGAACAAGGGGAUAUUGCCCCCUCAAGCCAGCUUCGACACUGUCAACCCGGCUCUCAAGGCAUCUCCAGCCGAUCAGAUGUUCAUUCCCACACGUGCACAGCCGUGGGACGCUGACUUCCGUGCGGCCCUCAUCAACAACUACGGUGCCUCAGGAUCGAAUGCCUCUGCGGUCAUCCUGCAGGCGCCGUCUCACAGUCGUCACCUUGGGAAGAUCGCGGCAGCAGAGAUGCCGACUGGGGUCAGAUACCCUUUCUGGCUCAGCGGCUUUGAGGACAAGGCCCUGCACCGUUACGUCCACGCCCUCCGGAUGUAUCUCGGUCGAUCGACGAGGGACACAUCGCUUGCCAACCUAUCGUUCAACCUUGCCCGUCAGAGUAAUCGUACCUUGGACUCCAGCAUGAUCUUCACCGCGCGCUCAUUCGAGGAGAUGGACAGACACCUGGCCGCAUUCGAGGAGUCCAAUGAUGAGACCAACGUCAUCUCCGGACACCCAGCCUCUUCACCGACGGUCAUUAUGUGCUUCAGAGGUCAAGUCUCUUCUUAUAUCGGCCUCGACCCUCAAUUAUACCACAGCGUGGCCGUCCUGCGCAAGCAUCUCGACCGCGUCGACGCCGUCGUCCAGUCACUGGGAUGCCCAAGCAUUUUCCCGGGCAUCUUCCAGCGUACCCCGAUCUCCGAUACAGUCCAGCUGCAGGUGAUGCUCCUCGCCAUGCAAUACGCCUGUGCGCGCAGCUGGAUGGACUCAGGGACUCAGCCGGCUGCGCUGGUCGGGCAUAGUUUCGGCGAGCUCACGGCCCUCUGUAUCUCACAGAUUCUCUCGCUGGAGGACACGGUCAAGAUGAUUGUGCGACGGGCGACCCUGGUGCGAGACGACUGGGGAUCAGAUAAAGGCGCCAUGAUGGCUGUUGAGGGCGAUCCCGGCGACGUGCGAGAAGUGCUGGCCAAUGUCAACAGGAGACAUUCGGACAAGCCUGCGGGCAUUGCCUGCUAUAACGGACCACGCAGCUUCACUCUUGCAGGCCCGACCGCCGCCAUCGAUGCGGUGGCUACCCAGCUGGAAAGCAACAGGAUGAUCAAAGCCAAGAAGCUAAACGUCACGAAUGCAUUUCAUUCUGUGCUCGUCGACCCGAUCUACGACGGCCUGGAGCAAAACGCCCGGGGCUUGACCUUCCGGAAACCGGUCAUCCCCCUUGAGCUGGCCACUGAAGAAAACACGAGAGAGACAGAACUGACGGCACGAUUUGUGGCAAACCACAUGCGCCACCCAGUGUACUUCCACCACGCUGUCGAGCGCCUGGCACGACGGUAUUCCUCAUCCCCCUGUAUUUUCCUCGAGGCGGGCACCAACUCCACAAUCACAUCCAUGGCUGCCCGCGCACUCGCCAACGUCAAGGGCACAUAUAGUUUCCACGGCGUCAACGUGGCCAGCUGCGAGGACGGCUGGAACAGGCUGACCGACACCACCGUAUCCCUGUGGAAGGCCGGCCUGCGUGUCCAGCACUGGGCGCACCACGGGCUACAGAGAGAACACCAGGCCGACAUCAAACCCCUGCUCCUGCCCCCGUACCAGUUCGAUCCCGACAGCCGUCACUGGAUGGAGCUGAAGACGCCACCAAAGGCACUGCCGGCACCGACAGGCGACGGGAAGACCCAGAACACCGCCGCGGAGAAGCAGCCGGAGGGACAUCUGGCCUUUGUUGGGUACCAGGAUGGCGCGGCGCAGAGGCGAGCACAGUUCCGAGUCAACACGAGGACAGAGAGAUAUAAGCAACUCCUUGCAGGACAUGUCACGAUGGGGACGGCGCCCAUCCUGUCAGCCACCCUGCAGAUCGGCUUUGUGAUUGAUGCCAUAGGCAUGCUCCGCCCCGAGUAUCGGUCGUCAGCACAGCUCCAGCCGCAGAUUCAGGAGGUGGAGUACAAAUCGCCCGUCUGCGCCAACGCGGCGCGCACGACGUGGAUCGAGAUCAGCAGCACAGACGCGCUGGGGGUUGCCGAGUGGCGGUUCGAGGUGUUCAGCACCGCCAACGGAUGCCAGAAGCAGAAGCGUAUGGUGCACACAAUCGGCAGAGUGGCUCUCAGUGACCCCAACGACCCGUCUCUGCAACGCCAGCUGCUGCGUUUCGCACGGCUGUUCGGACACGGCCGCGCGGUGGAGCUGCUGCAGAGCGCGGACGUCAACGAAGCACUUGCCAACCGCAGCAUCUACCGCCUCUUCUCGGAGAUCGUGGACUACGGCGAUGAAUUCCGCGGGCUGCAGAAGAUGGUUGUGCGCGGCCACGAGACGGCCGGCCACGUCGUUCGCCACAACCAGGAUCCGGAGGUCUGGUUUGAUCCCCAUCUCGCCGACACCUUCUGCCAACUCGGCGGCCUCUGGAUCAACUGCAUGACAGACCGAGCCCGGAGCGACGUAUACCUCGCAAACGGCAUCGACCAGUGGAUCAGGGCGCAUCCAACCACCAAGCGACCAAGUGAUUUCCAUGCCUUUGCCGUGCAUCAUCGUCCGUCCGAUCAGCUGUCCUUGACGGAUGUCUUUGUCUUCGACGCCGCGGAUGGGGUUCUCGUCGAGGUCAUCCUGGGCAUUGCCUAUGUCAAGAUUCCGAAGACAUCAAUGGAGAAGCUGCUCUCUUCCUUGACUGACCCUUCGUGGAUGGCGAAGACCUCGUCAGAUGCCUCUGCCCCAGCAUUCGCCAGUAUUCCCGCGCAACAAGCACCGACAGUCCAGUCAGAAACCCAGCCAAAGGUCCCCACCGCAGAGCCCAAGCCACAGAAGCAGAGUGAGCAGGCACUCCAGGACCUGACACUAAAAGUAAAGGCCAUCAUUGCAGACCUUUCGGGCUUGGGGGUAGCCGAGAUCGGUGACGACAGUCAGCUAGCUGACCUCGGCAUCGACUCCCUCGCCGGCAUGGAGAUGGUACACGAGAUCGAGUCGACCUUGAAGGUGAAGCUCCCACAAGCCGACGUCCUCAUGCUCACCGACAUGCCAAGUCUGAUGGCAUGCGUGGCCGGCGCCAUGGGUAUCCACACACAACCACAUGUCGAGCCAGCCGAGGAGGACUCGAACGAGGACUCUGACAGGGACACGCCUAGCAUCAUGUCCUCUUCAGACGGCGACACUAGUUUGAGCACACCGGCCCCAGAGCCAGAUAUCAAGGAGGAGCACCAUGCCGAGUCGGGCGAGCUCACGCUUCCCUUCGAAACCGUGAUGGAGGCCUUCAACGAGACCAAACAGCUGACCGACACCCGCAUUGCCGAAAUGGAGCAGACAAGCUAUGUCGCCCGGUCACUCCCGCUGCAGAACGAGCUGACGGUAGCCCUAACCGUCGAGGCCUUCGAGGCCCUCGGCGCCGGACUCCAGACGGCCCAACCGGGCACGCAACUCCCGCGCAUCCCACACGGCAAAGAGCAUGACCGCUUCGUGACGUACCUGUACGAGAUGCUCGAGGCCGAGACCCAGACCAUCAAGCUGGACGGCAACAUCAUCACGCGAACGGCCGUGCCGCUUCCACAGCGGCCCAGCAGGGAGCUGUACGAGGAGCUCCUCCGCGACCAUCCCGACCAGCACUGCGCCACCCAGCUCACGUACUACGCCGGCGCGAACCUCCAGCACGUGCUCUCGGGCGGCACGGACGGCGUCAAGCUCAUCUUCGGCAGCACCGAGGGCCGCGACCUGGUCGGCCGCUGGUACGCCGAGUGGCCGCUGAACCGGGUGCUGAUCGCGCAGAUGGAGGACUUCUUCACGCGGCUGUGCGCCAAGCUCCGCUGGCCCGGGCGCGGCGAGCCUCGUCGCCCGCUGCGCAUCCUGGAGAUGGGGGCCGGCACGGGGGGCACGACGAAGCGCAUCGUGCCGCUGCUGGCGCGGCUCGGGGUGCCGGUGGAGUACACGUUCACGGACCUGGCGCCGUCGUUUGUGGCGGCGGCGCGGAAGACGUGGGGGAGGGAGUACCCGUGGAUGAAGUUCCGGGCCCAUGAUAUCGAGAGGGCGCCGGAGAAGGAGCUGGAGGGGACGCAGCAUUUUGUGAUUGCCAGCAACGCGGUGCACGCGACGAGGUCGCUGUGUGUGAGUACGGGGAAUGUGCGCAAGGCGCUGCGUCCGGAUGGGUUCCUUGUUAUGAUGGAGAUGACGCGCACGCCGUACUGGGUCGAUCUGAUCUUCGGGCUGUUCGAGGGUUGGUGGCUGUUUGACGAUGGGCGCCGGCACGCGUUGACGCAUGAGUCGAGGUGGGAGAGGGAUCUCCAGGCUGCUGGCUAUGGCCAUGUCGACUGGACGGAUGGGGACAGGCCGGAAAGCGAGGUCCAGAAGGUGAUUCUCGCUGCUGCUGAUCCGACGAGCCGAUGCGAACGGUUGCCCAGCACAUCCUCCAUCCUACCAGGCUAUCACCAGCCCAAGUUAGGAGCUUCUGCCGACUGCACAGCCCGGGAGCAGGUAGUCACCCGAUAUGUCCAAGAAUUGACGCACGGCUUUGACAUGGCAAUGGCUCACGCCGCUACGGGCGUCUCUCCAUCCAGACCCGAGGCCAAGUGCGUCUUGAUAACCGGCGGCACGGGAGGCUUGGGCGCGCAUUUGGUCGCUGAGGCUGCGCUUCGACCUGAUGUGACACGAGUCGUCUGCCUCAACCGGCCGGCGAAGCACCAACCGCCGCACGAAAGGCAGAUGCAAGCUCUGCACAAGAAAGGCCUCGCCCUUCCCGCAGACGCCGUGGCCAAAAUCCACGUCCUCGAAGCAAAAACCGACAUGGCACAAUCGCCGACCCUGGGCCUGUCCAACGACGAGUACCGCUUCCUGCUCCAACACGUCACGCACAUCGUGCACAACGCCUGGCUCAUGCACUCCAAAUGGCCCGUCACGCGCUUCGAGCCCCACCUGCGCAUCAUGGCACACAUGCUCCACCUCGCCGCGGCCAUCUCGGCCCAGCGCCCACGGAACCGCCCCGUCACCUUCCAGUUCAUCUCCUCCAUCGCCACCGUCGGCCACCACCCCUUCCGGACCGGCAAGCCGGUCAUCCCCGAAGACCGCGUCACCAUCGACAGCGUCCUCCCCACCGGCUACGGCGACGCCAAGUACAUCUGCGAGCGGAUGCUCGACGCCACGCUGCACCGGCACCCGGACCGCUUCCGGGCCACCGCCGUGCGCCUGGGCCAGAUCGCAGGCAGCGCGAUCAACGGGCACUGGAACCCGAUGGAGCACGUGCCGUUUCUGUUCCGGUCGUCGCAGACCCUGGGCGCCCUGCCGGACCUGCCGGGGACGAUGGGGUGGACGCCCGCGGACGACGUGGCGCGUGGGUUGCUCGAGAUCCUGACGCAGCCGGAUGAGGUCGCGCUGUAUCCGAUCUACCACAUUGAGAAUCCGGUUCGGCAGCCGUGGGCGGAGACCCUUGCGGUGCUGGCGGAUGAGAUGGGCAUCCCGCGUGCCAGUAUCAUUCCUUUCCCGGAGUGGGUGCAGCGGGUGAGGGACUGGCCGCGACGGGAGGAUAAUGGGUCGCAAGGGGCGAACCCGGGGUAUUUACUGGUGGAUUUCUUGGACAGCAAUUUUAUCCGCAUGAGUUGUGGCGGUCUGGUGAUGGGAACAGCCAAGGCGAGGGAGCAUUCGCCGACGUUGGCAAAGUUGGGGCCCGUGAGUGAGAGGUUGAUUCGACUGUUUGUUCAAAGUUGGAAGGAUAUGGGCUUUCUUGAAUAA